UUCCAAAAAAAACCUCUCUGGGAGAAAAGAAAAUCACAAAUGUUUAGAGUAAGCAAUUUCGUGGUGGGUUUAGCCAACACGUUGGUGAUGUUAGUGGGCGUAUCAGCCAUAGGCUACUCCAUUUACAUGUUCGCUCACCAAGACGUGACCGACUGUGAAUCAGCGAUACGUGCACCACUCCUCACGACCGGAAUCGUCCUCUUCUUGGUGUCUUUAAUCGGAGUGAUAGGAUCUUGCUUCAAGGAGAAUCUUGCCAUGGUCUCCUACUUGAUCAUAUUGUUUGCGGGCAUUGCUGCGUUGAUAGUUUUCUCGGUGUUUCUCUUCUUUGUGACGAACAAAGGAGCCGGUCAUGUGGUGUCUGGUCGAGGGUAUAGAGAAUACAAGACGGUUGAUUUCUCGACUUGGCUUAACAGUUUUGUUGGUGGGAAGAGAUGGGUUGGUAUAAGGUCUUGUCUGGCUGAGGCUAGCGUUUGUGAUGAUUUGAGUGAUGGUCGCGUUAGUCAGAUCGCUGAUGCGUUUUAUCACAAGAACUUGUCUCCCAUCCAGUCGGGUUGUUGUAAGCCACCGUCGGAUUGCAACUUUACGUUCAGAAACGCGACGUUUUGGAUACCACCGGCCAAAAACGAAACGGCGGUUGCGACCAAUAACGACGACUGCGGUGCGUGGAGUAACGUGCAAACGGAGUUGUGCUUUAACUGCAACGCAUGCAAAGCGGGUGUGUUAGCGAAUAUAAGAGAGAAGUGGAGGCAUCUUCUUGUUUUCAACAUCUGUCUCCUCAUCUUCCUCAUCACCGUCUAUUCUUGCGGUUGCUGUGCUCGUCGUAACAAUUAAACAGCUAGGAAAAGUGAUUCUGCAUGAUCACUUUAUGUUCAUUUGUGUCUUGUUUUCUUUUCUCUGUUUGUUUUGUUGUUAAUUAUCUUUUGGUUUCUUAGGACAAUGUAAUGUUUGUUUCGAACCUAUCAUCGUGAACUUAUUCACAGUUCGCAAGUAUUAAA